CUCUCCCUCAACUUUCUCUUUCUUUUUCUCCCCUCUCCCCCAUUUCUUUCUCCAGCUCCUUCACCACCACUGCCGUCCGCCCAGCACCAUCCCCCAGUGCAUCGGCUCUCCUAAUUGCAACACCUCCCUAAGGGCAUUCGCGGAAUCGUUUGCCCGAGGGUCCACGUACACUUAAAAUGGCUUCAUUCAAGGAAUUGUCCCUGUCUCGCCCUCUCCCCCAAUCCAAUUCCCGCCACCACUCCCACUCUAUCUCCCUCGGUGCGGUCAACUCCAAUUUCCGGGUUACUCGUCGGAAGAGCGUCACCACCGCCGCUGCUGCGAAUGCUGCUGCUGCUGCAGUCGCGGCGUCGUUGAAAGAAUCCCCCGGGGACUCAGUAGGAAUGUCGAUGGGCGCCCACCGUCGCGGGAGUCGGAAAGGCUUGGAGUCCAGCUCGGUCGGAAUCCCCUCCGGUUUCGGCUCUUAUCUCUCGCGGAGCAUGAACAGUCCCAGCCAGGAACCGCCGGUCGCUCGCAAGCCAUCCCCCAGCCAGGAAAAUGAGGCUUCGUCAACGGUUCCCAUAAACGCGGAUUCGAAUAAUCCGGCCUCCAAGCAGGUCAGCACCAAGAAUCGGAACCGACGGGCCAGCGAAGGAUCGCACCUGGUCAAAGGCGAAGGGAAGCGUACCAUGGCCGACCUUCGCUGCGAUCGUUGCGGGAAAGGGUAUAAGCAUGGCAGUUGCUUGUCCAAGCAUAUGUGGGAACAUAACCCGGCAUGGGCAAUUACCUCGAAACUUUUGAUCUCCAAGCACCAGCAGGUGCAAUUGCUGGAGGCGGCCUCCGUUCUGGUCACCAUGACUGAGGAUCCGUCGGACGAGAACGAGGCCGAGUCGGACCUCUCAUCGGCGUCACCGGACGCCUCGUCGGAGCUCCGGGACGGCCUCAGCUCGGCGGAGACGACCCCGCCCCCGAUGGAUGAGGAUGACGACGAGGAUGAGGACAUGUCUCUCGAACCGGCCACGAUGGACAAGCGAUACAGUGUGGGCAACCUGUCGAGCCACUUCUCUCAUUCCUACCAGUCCGGUCCUUCGAGCUCUUUCAACGGCAGCGCCCCGUGGGCGUCACCGGCCUUUUCGCAUUUCCGUCACUCCAGCAUCGACACGCGCCCAUCCACCGCCGAAGCGAAGCUGCACGAAGACGACGAAGCAGACCUAGCGGCCGCCAUCGGUCUCUGCAACUUUGGCACGCCACGCAUGGGGCCGGUGCCGAUGUCUCCCAGCGUGCCACCGGUGCCUCCCCUCCCGACCCGCUUCCUCGAUCAAGGAAGCGCUACCAACAGCCAGAGCCACAGCCUGGACCCGUCACGUGCCGGGGCCACGGAUGCAGCUCUGUCGAGCCCGAAUCCCAACCUCUUCCUCUCCCUCCCCUACAACCCCUCCUUCUCCUACAAGGUGUCCGACGAGCGAGAAGUAAGGACAGGCAACGCUGAUCGCGCCAAGCGGCAGCAUCGCAAUGCGGAUGUCGACUUUGGAAGUCGCCCCACACAGGCAGACGAUGACGACGACGGUGUCUUCGGCCGGAUGGAAGAAUAGACGAAUCUCCUCGUCCCCAAUCCCUUCCCCACAUCCUCCCUCUCUGCCUCUCUUCUUUCUGGUCCAUGCUUUUCUCGCUGACCAGACGCUGUAUUGCAGCC